GAUUGUAUAGUCGACAACUUCUAAUGUAGAGCACGAAGGAGAGCGAGCGAGACACAAAGCCUGUAGAUUUUACUUUGUCUAUCGAUCACAAGGGCGACGUGCGUUUCUAUAAACGGCAGUUUGAACAUAGCUUAAGAGUAGCGUGAUACAUACAACUUCUUGGCGUCGCCCGAGUUGCUUGGAGUUCGGAAUUGCUCACUACAUCCAUUACAAUGGUUGUUUGUCCUCUGUCCAACGAGGUUCUUAGUCAGCUGCGUGAAAAGUUUUAUGCCGACGACCGUAAUGUGUUGGCGCAAAAUGUCUGUACGAAAACGAAUCCUAUUGAAGCUUGCUCCUCGAGGAAGAUCUUGGAGGAUACCAAUCAUGUUUUCACCCAUAAAAUCGAGACUGAAGGCAAGCCUAUAAGUAACCAGAAAAAUUCGGGAAGAUGCUGGCUGUUUGCCAUCUUAAAUGUCAUAAGGACUAGCUUCAUGAAACAAUAUAAUUUAGACGAAUUUGAGUUUAGCCAGGCUUACUUAUUUUUUUGGGAUAAGGUAGAACGUUGCAAUUAUUUUUUGCAUAAUAUCGUAAAUACCGCGAAACGUAACGAACCAGUUGAAGGUCGUUUAGUUAACUUUUUAUUGACCGACCCAACUUCUGACGGUGGUCAGUGGGAUAUGAUUGUAAACUUGAUAACUAGAUACGGUGUUGUACCUAAAACCUGUUUCCCAGAAUCAUACAGUUGUGAAGCCAGUGUUCGCAUGAAUAGCUUACUGAAAAGUAAACUAAGAGAGUAUGCCAAAGCUCUGCGGAGUAUGAUUGAGAAUGGUGCUUCUGAUGAAGAAUUGAAAACGCGGAUAAACGAGCAGAUGACCGUGCUUUAUCGAGUAAUUGGCAUUUGUUUGGGCAUACCUUCUGAAAAGAUUACUUGGGAAUACUAUGAUAAAUCGAAGAAUUAUAAUUGCAUAGGACCCAUCACGCCAUUGGAAUUUUAUGAAAACUAUGUGAAACCAUAUUACAAUGUGAAUGAUAAAGUAUGCUUAGUGACCGAUCCGAGACCGUGUAAUCCUUAUGGAAAACUGUAUACUGUGGAUUGCUUGGGAAAUGUCGUAAAUGGAAAUAUUACUCGCUACAAUAAUCAACCAGUGGAAUUGCUGAUGAAAUUGUGCGCACAGAGUAUCAAAGAUAAUGAGCCUGUCUGGUUUGGUUGCGAUGUUAACAAAAGAUUGAUAGAUAAGCAUGGUAUUCAUGACUUAAAAACUUAUAAUUUUGAGCUGAUGUUUGGUACAGAUAUUCAUCUUGGACUUUCUAAGGCUGAUAGAUUGGUUUAUGGAGACUCCAUGAUGGUGCACGCAAUGGUUUUUACAGCUGUUUCAAUAGAUAGAGAUGGUAAGAUAAAGAAAUUCCGGAUAGAAAAUUCAUGGGGUGAGGAUCAUGGGCAAAAAGGUUAUCAAGUCGUAUCUCGUGAAUGGUUUGGCGAAUUUGUUUUUGAGGCAGUCGUAGAUAAAAAAUACGUACCUGAGGACGUGCUUGCUGUAUUCAAUCAGGAUCCUAUUGUUUUACCUGCCUGGGAUCCUAUGGGCACACUCGCUCAUUGAUGUUAAAGUAUAUUUAAUUAAACACAGUGACAAGCUGUUUUACUUUACUGAUAAAAGAUUUAAGGCAUAAACAUGAGAAAUGAAAUAUUUAAUAAAAAUUCCGGAUACGGCGAGUGUACAAAAAUAUAGAUAUUUUAUACCUUACAAGAGAAUGUAGUAGUAUACAUAAGUGGCUUUGUCAUUUAUAUAAAUUUCAAGUCUAUCUUUUUUUACAGUAUAUGAGAGCAAUAUUUAGUUCAAUUAUCAAGACUGAAUGUAUGAGUUACCAUUUCAAAUUAUGAAUUUAUAAAUAAUUAUUUUUUUACAUGCGCAUAAAAUUACAGUUUCUGAU